UUGUAGCAACGAGCCUUAGCGACGGAGAGAGUCCAUGGAGACGAGGGUCGCGGGUCCUGGAUCAUGUGUAGGAAUGCGGCACUGCUUUAAAACUACUGAACGACCAGUUUGGCGAAUAACUGCUGAAACAUCACAGCGCCGUCAUACAGAGUGAAGAUGGGGUGCGGGAGCUCCAAAACUACGGUGGUCGAACCCGUGAAGCCGGACAGUCUGGACCCAAACGAGGUUGUAGCGGCGCGUGGAGGAGCUCGCGGUGACUCCGCCGUGUCCAAGCAGACCACGGACAGUGGAUUGGGGCUGGAGGCCGGAGAGACCAUUGGCCUGCCGGGGGCAGUGCCCAGGAUACUCCCACCGUUGAGAGCUCAGAGUCCAAGGCCGGUGCAGGAGAGCCAGAGGCCGGAGUCCAGUGCAAUUUUGGAGGAGCUGCUGAGUCAGGGCAUCAUUCCAGCCCAGCCUAAAGUCGCAGGCAGUGGAGAGGCUUACAACAUCACGUUGGAUGACGCAGGGAGGCCGAGGAGGAGGCCGCCACCUCGUCUAGAGUCACUGAAGAUUCGUAAAGAACAAGAGGUCACAAGAAAGGAAGACAUCGAAGAAAAGAUGAGACAAGUGGAGGAGAGAAGAAAAGUACGGGAGGAUGAGCUGCGGACCAGACUGAGGGCCAAGUCCGCACGGCCUCGUGCAGCUGCUCCAGUGGGGGCUGAGGUUGAUGCUGAAGCUCCCCCUCUCCCAUCCACAAACAAAGAUCCCCAUACGGGCAGCAGUUCAGGAGAUUCAGUGGAUAGGAGACUGACUUAUUCUCCAGAGCUGGAAAACGACUCAACGUUUCAGCAGAUUGCUGAUGAGUUAUUUUAGCCUAGCGCUGCCCCUAGACCCCUAAACUAAAGCUGGGCCAAUACAGCUUAUUUCUUAUAGUUAGUAUAUAUUUAGCAUGUUAUAGGCACGUAUAUAGCACAUAUAUUCUGGGAAGGUUUUUUUGCACUUGCACUUUAUAAUGCUCUUAUAUAGCUUUUUAAUACUGAACUUCCACACUGUCUUAACACAGUUUAACAGAAUUAUUGGAUGUUUGUGAACAUGCUGUAAGAACAGUGUGGCUCAUAUGUGAGUUCCGUGAGUUGCCAUCCAGUGAAAUAUUGAACAAAGAGGAAGCUUUAUCAUUCUUUACUACCUUCAUUCUUUAAGACGCUGUUUUCCAAAGAAAAAUGAAACAAUAGCCACUUUCUUAGACAUAUAGACAUUAACCACAGUGAUUAUUUCUAUGAAAGAAUGAGCACGUAUGAAUGAGAGUGUACAUUAGGUUCAAACAUUUUGUGUCAAAUGAAAGAGAGUAUGCAUCAUUGUCUUUGAGAGAGACCUCAAUGUCUGAACUAUAACAUAUACAUUUGCCUUGCAUACUGAUACCUUCACAUAUGCAAAAUGAACCCAAAUUAAAUCAAUUUAUGUGUAAA